UUAUGGAUGCCAAAAUCAAUUUACUACAUGAGCUUUCCACAGUACCGUGUUCCGAUUGCCAUUCCUUAAAUUUCGGGGUCAACAUGGAAAAAAAAUGAGGAUCCUUCCGUGGACGGGUCUUUAGGGGAUCGAGUUGGGGUUCAUUUCAGGGUUGGGCAUCAUUCGGGGUCGAGGCAUUGCGUGACCAUUCCCAGUCAUGCUCAAUCCUGUUGCGCCUCCAAGGAGUACAAGUGUUGUCGCCGGGCGAAUCGAUCACGCGAAAGAUGUCCUCUUACACUCCCACAGAAGAGGAAAAGCAGCGAUUCAUGUCACGAGCAAUCGAGCUCAGCGAAGAAGGAGUGUCUGAUGGGCACGGUGGACCAUAUGGAAGUGUGAUUGUUAAGGAUGGCAAGAUUGUGGGGGAAGGCUUCAAUCGAGUGUUUGUAGACUGUGAUCCCAGUGCACAUGGGGAAGUAGUGGCGAUUAGAAAUGCAGGAAAAAAUCUGAGAACAAAUGAUCUGGAGGGCUGUAGCUUGUACACCAACUUUGAGCCUUGUCCAAUGUGUACUGCUGCAAUUUGGUGGAGCAGAUUGGAUCAGGUGUAUUAUGCACAGCCUGUGAAAGGAAGCACUAAUCAUCAUGAAGAAAACCAGGCAGCAGUCCUCAAAUUUGUAGCGACAUCAAUAGACAAGCGUUCUAUUCCAGGGGAACAAGUUGAGAGCAAAGCAAAGGAUGCAAUGGAUGUCAUUAAAAGAUAUUUAAAUGAUGACACAAAGAAAGUCUGAAGUAAUGACAAAGCAAAUUGUUUUCCCUUUCAUUUAAAGCUCUCAACAAUGUCAGUAUACAUAAUUUGUAACUAUAUGAUCUUUUUUGCAACUGGUAUGUGAUUCUAUAAUCAAAUUAGUCAUAAAAUUGUUUUGGUUUCAGAGCUGAGUCAAUUAAGGGCCAAUCAUUUUUUUAUUUUAUUUUUUUAUUUUUUCCAGUCAUCAUUGACUUUGUUACCCACGCAGGUGCUAUUGAUUGUGUAUAUAUAUAUUACAUGUAAUACUUCUGCCUAAAUAAAAUGGCAAAAGAAAUAACAAUAUUGAAUAGUAUGUUACACAAUUCUGGUUAUAAACCCCCAUGCUUAUAGGCCAAUCUUAUGUAUAGAAACUAUUUUUAAUUAAUUAAUGGCAUCCUUCUUCCCCAUUGAUGUAAGCUCUCCUCUUUUCUUGUUUCAUCAUUUUUACAGGAAAGGCAAAAUAAAUUUAUGGAGCUAUCA